AUGAUCUUUCGCUCAGUGUUACCUCUGCUGUAUUCCGCCUGUGCGGCGGCAUUAGCCCUCCAGCCACACUCAUCGAGUUCAGUCCUAUCCCGCGAUGUUGAGGCUUCUGUAAACAGCUCGAAAUGUCGGUGCUUCCCAGGCGAUGCUUGCUGGCCAUCCAGGUCAGAAUGGAGCCAGUUCAACAAGACGAUCAACGGCAAACUAGUUGCAACAAUUCCUCUGGCCAGCGUUUGCCAUAAUAGCGGGUUUGGACGGUACGAUGCUGAUGCGUGCGCAAAGCUCAUAUCGGUAUGGGACUACCCUGUAACUCACUAUGAGAGCUCGUCAUCCCCUAUGGCGCCCUUUUUCGCCAAUAUGAGCUGCGACCCCUUUACACCACCUGACGCCCAAUGUGUAGUUGGCUCCUUAAUUCAGUAUGCCGUAAACGCCUCUUCAGCUCAAGACUACCAAUCGACAAUUGCUUUUGCGCAGCAGCACAAUAUCCGUCUCGUCAUCCGUAACACUGGUCAUGAUUACUUCGGCAAGUCGACCGGUGCCGGUGGCUUAGCCAUCUGGACACACCACUUAAAAGACAUCACUGUUAGCGACUACUCUUCGCAGCAUUACACUGGUAAGGCAAUUAAGGUUGGCGCCGGAGUGCAGAACGGCGAGGCUCAGCGUGUAGCACAUGCGAACGGCCUCGUAGUUGUCGGCGGCGACUCCUCAACUGUCGGGUUAGCUGGCGGAUAUUCACAAGGUGGUGGCCAUGGGCCCCUUGUAUCUACAUUGGGACUCGCCGCUGACCAGACGCUCGAGUGGGAGGUUGUAACCUCUACCGGGAAACACUUGAUCGCUACCCCUUAUGAAAACUCAGAUCUAUAUUGGGCUCUUUCAGGAGGUGGCGGUGGCACCUACGCAGCCGUGCUAUCUUUAACCGUCAAGGCUCAUCCGGAUUUUGACCUUGUUUCUGUCGGCAACCUCACAUUCAAUCUCGAAACUACGUCGGAGGCAUUCUGGGAUAGCUUUACAGUCUUCCUCGGAAGCUUGACUAAGAUCACUGAUGCCGGUGCCGUGUGUAUCUGGAUGCUAUCAAACGCGAGCUUCACAAUCCAGUCCGUAACGGCCCCGAACUUGGAUUCUAAGCAAUUGACAGCCUUGCUGCAACCUACUAUCGACCAGCUAGAAAGAGUGAAAUUACCUUAUCAGUAUGCUGUUAAGGACUUCCCCAACUUCCUUGAUAGCUUCCAUUCCAUGAGUGCAGAUCCCAAUGUAACUCAAGCUAAUAUUGGUGGUCGUCUGAUCCCACGCUCGCUAUUAUCGAAUGACUCUGUAGCAACGCUCACCGACGCAUUGAGGUUCGUAGUCGAUGAAGGCGCAAUCCUGUCGGGACUUUCAGUCAAUGUCAACCGCACACCGAGUGCUCCGAACUCCGUAAAUCCUCUUUGGCGUUCUACGGCUUUUAGUUCUGUCUUCGGCACCUAUUACAAUCAUCUGGACAAUAGCGCCAACAUAGCAGAUCAGGAACUCAUUAGGAGCUCGAUGGUGCCGAGAUUGUCUGCUAUAACUCCUAAUGGCGCUGCGUACCUGAACGAGGCCGACUUUGGUCAGUCUGACUUCCAACAGGUAUUCUAUGGUAGAAAUUAUGAUAAGCUCUUAGCUAUUAAGAGGAAGUAUGAUCCGAAUGACACGUUCUACGGACAAACAGCCGUAGGAAGUGAGUAUUGGGAGAUACGACAGGAUGGCCGGUUAUGCAAGGUUACCUAG